UCUUGUACUGAUUUUAACUGAUUUUUGAAAAAUAAAAUCAAAGGGAGUCAAAGUUUUACUCAAAAGAGACGCGUUUUAGGCAGGGUCCAUCUCGCGGCGACACGUGAUCUUAUCAGGGAGAUUUCCCGGGUUAAAUACCAUCAUAAACAGAUUGAUUUUGAAAUUUUAUGCAAACGUAAGUAUUUUGUUAUUUUGUUACAGAUCGAAGACUUUGCUUGUAUAUAUUUAUAAACAACAGAACUAUAGACUUAACUGGAGAUUAAUUAUUAUAGCGUUCAUCGACUGUCAGCUGUCAAUUGUGACGCAGUUUUGAUUGUUGAUUAUAAUUAACGAUAUCGUUGGAAGAUAAAGCGAAAUUCAAAGGGGAAAGUUUGCUUGAAAAUGAGAAAACAUAUAAUUUAUUCCAGUAGGAUUACUGUAAGAUUGAUAGUAGGAUUGUAAUAGAUUCCAAUAUGAAUUGAAAUGGUUGAAUAACAAGCGAUACAACCAUGCAGAGAACAAAUCUACCAAUUGUACCCAUGCAACUGGAUUCUUCCAUCGCGAUCAAGAUAAGCAUGGGUGGAUCAAUGUUUCAAGAAAGAACAUUAAUGGGUCGUUCAGAUGUGUGGCAUAAAGUUAAAAUUGUUAAAGGAACCCAAUACAGCAAGGAGUCUGUAUUGAAAGCUAUUUUGAGUGCCAUAGAACCAGCAGACCUGAUCCCUGUUAAGUAUCAAGCCAGUGGAGAAGACACCUAUUUCCUAGCACGUAACUGUGCCCAUGCACUUGACAAACUUUGUAAAACUAACUUAAUCAUUAAGAAUCCAGAAGGAGAUCCAUUAAUAUUAAUAGUAACUCUGGGAUAUGCAUCCAUUCAUGAUCUCAAAUUAAAUCUACAACCCCUGUUACUAGCAGCAAUGUCCAAAAGAUACGAUUCAAAUAAGAAAUCUUUGAACUUGGAACAAUUUCACAAAGAUCCUGAAAUGUUUAAAACGAUUUACUGUCCAUUAUCCCAACCGAGAACUUUUAAUCACGUUAUGAAAUUAAUGAAAACAGCGAUCGGUACUGUCGAACACCUGAAUUUACAGAAGAACGAAUUAACUAAUCUGUCUGCCAUAGAAAAUUCUAAUGUAACUACUAUAAAGAACCUUGAUCUAAGGUACAAUCGUAUAAUUUCUAUGGACGUGCUAGCUGCUUUGAAGGAUCUGCGCAUAACGAAGCUGUGGUUGGAUGGAAAUCCUCUCUGUGAAAAUUAUUCAAACUCAAAGCAGUACAUACAGUCUGUCAAAAGAUAUUGUCCUCAUUUGAUUCUUCUGGAUGGAGUUUACAUUAGAUCCACAGACCUGCCACUGAUGUAUGUUAAUUAUUUUAAAACUGAAUCAAGAGAGGAACUAGUCACCAGAUUUGUUAACCAUUUCUUCAAUUUAUACGACCACGGCGACAGAACAAUUCUAAGAGGACUGUAUUAUAAGAAUGCAUUUUACUCCAUGAGCUUUGGUAUCACGACCACUGUAGCUCAGAAAAGAAACCUUGGUCAGUUCACAGCAAACAGGAACUUACUGAGAAAAGUGGAUCCUAAUAAGAAACGACAGCACCUCUAUUACGGUCAAGAUAAUAUCUUGGGGGGUUUGAAAAGAUUGCCAAGAUCCUACCAUGACAGAAAUUCAUUUGGAUGCGACCUGAUGUACGAUGAUGGUAAAUGCUUAGCUAUCUCUGUCAGUGGUUUGUUUAAAGUAUUGAUCAAUUCCCCUCAAGUUUUAUCGUUCAAUAGAACAUUCGUCCUGUUUGCUGGUCCUGAUAACGAAUACAAUAUUCUGAACGAUCAGUAUCACGUGGAUUCGACCUCUGAAGAAAUUUCUCCUAACAGUAUAGAAUCAAAGAUCUCGUUCGAAGAGAUCACGCCAUUAUGCUUCAGUACAUCCGAAAAGAAAGAAUUGUUUAAUAAAUUUAUGGAAGUGACCACGCUGAACCACGAAUGGUGUCAUACCUAUCUGGAAGAAGCUAAGUGGAACAUAAGAAAAGCAAUUUCAAAUUUCAUGAAGGAUUACAAAUCUUCAGCUAUACCAAGUGAUGCAUUCUUAAGAUAAUAUUGUACUUUUCUAUGUGCAAUGUGUUUCUGUAAAUACUACUUGUAAAGAAGAGUAUCUUUUUUAUUGUAAGAAGGCACGUUCUCAACGAUUCCAUGAGUAUAAAGUCGCAAUAAAAACGAGAUAUCCUUGACA